ACUUGUGUGCACUUUCUCCACGCAGUUAGGAGCGUUUACUGUCAUGGCAAGUUGCAGGAAACUAUUCUCGGUCGUUUCGACAACGGCUCUAUCGAAUUUAGACGUUUGUACAUUCACGUGUUGGCGCUGUUAGUGCAUUGUAUCUAUCCUGGCUGGCAUGACCGAGAAAGAUUAGUUAGCAUGCUAGCAAGUUAGCCACAUAUCCUCAGCAUCACACGGCGAGCACGCCUGCCAGUGACAGUGUGGUUGCAGGUUCCUAGGCAGACAUGGGCAAACUACAGAGCAAGUUUCGCAAGAGGUCCGAGCUCUACAGGGCAUCUCAGGGGGAGAAAGCAGAUAACACCUUUGACAGUCAGGUGGUGCAGUAUGAACCUGCACAUCAAGGAUCUGUCAACACUGUCACCAAUCUCAGCCCAGAUCUGUGUGUUUCUGGUGGAAGUGACCAGAUGGUGGUGGUAUAUGACUGGAAACAAGGCCAGAUGUGUCAGUCCUUCCAGGGUCACAAUCGAGAGGUCUCCAAGGUGGUGUGUUAUCCAGGCAGUACAUGGAUCUUUAGUGCCUCACGGGACAAGACUGUUCUGAUGUGGGACAUAAACCAGGGGGACGAACCUAUACAGGAAUAUUGUGGGCAUGAGUUGGUGGUCAAUGGAGUAGCUAUCAGUCCUGAAGGGACAAAGCUGUGUACGGGUUCUCGGGACAACUGGAUGUGUCUGUGGGACAUUGAAUCAGCAAAAUGUGAACAGAGGCACAACAUUUCUAGAAACCUGGUGACUCAUGUGUGUUGGGUGCCAGACAGCUCCUCUAUAGUCCAGACCUCUGAGGAUAAGACCAUAAGGGUGUGGGACAGCCGUGCAUGGCAGGUGACCAACACUUUCCCAGCCAAGCAAUACAUCCAGACCCACUGUGACGUUUCUCCAAAUGGAAACUACUUGGUAUCCAGCAGCAACGGCUUUGGAGGCCAGGGAUGUGAAGCCACGCUCUGGGACCUGCGUCAGCCUGGCUGUAAGGUUGUGGAGUAUAGAGGCCAUCUCCAGACCACAACCAGCUGUGUGUUUCUGCCUACACCUCCUGGUGGCACAGCUCAGGUAGCAACGUCCUCCCAUGACUGCUCUGUCAAAAUCUGGGACCAGAACACAGCAGUCUGUUUAGGGACACUGCCUCUGGAUGGUGCUGGUCCACUGAUUGCUCUCUCUCCAACUGAGUCCUCCAGUCUGCUGUGUGCCAGUUUCAACAACGGCAUCCAUCAUAUUCAGGUGAGCCAGGGAUCAAACCAGGCUCAGGGCUCUGGGGCAGGUUCAGGUGGAGCUGGCGGCCUGGACAUUAAAGUUGUGGCACGCUUCUGAAAGCCCAGAAGAGCUUGAUGUGACCUGACCUGACCUGUGAACAUCCGCUGGUACAGUGAGCAUUAUCACUGGAUGUGGAUGUCGUGGACGUUUAAAAAAAAAAAGAAAGAAAGAAAAAAAAAAAUUACAUAUUUUUGCUUUACUAGCCUGCCAUACAGUCAAGAAAAGACACAAGUGAUUAGAGAGGAAAAAACGAUGAGAUAAUAAUGACGGUCAUUGCAUAAAGGAUGCAGCUUUGUGCAGCAGAGCCACCUGGAUGUGCAUCAUGUCUCUUCCUCUGAGAAGUUGGUCUGUAGAGUAAAUUACCCAUGAACUGAAGGGACUAUACACACCAAAACUGAUCUUGAUUGGAGCGCUGCCUUUGUGGACCGAGCCAGUCAACUUGGGGAUUACUCUCAACUUUCUACUUCAACUAGGCGGAGCUGACUGGAGGCUUCUUGCACUUGUUGUGUUGCUUUUAUUGGUGUUGCAGACUACAGCUUCAUGGGAAAUUUGAAAUUGGCACGAGUGGUAGUAAAAAUUUGGAAACACUGAAUGAAAAGCAACUAUGUGGUGAGGUGUUUACUUCUCAUGAGUCUCAAAUGAAAUUUAAUUUUAUACUACGUACGUGAGUACGUGAUUUUCUUUUCCUGGAUGUAAUUUAGGAAGUGCAGUCAGACUUGAAGUCUUGUUUGUCAAACACUUGAUAAUUGUUUUUAUCACCAAAACAGAGUAAUGAAGAAUAUGUGUAUGUAACUGUUCAUUAGUUGGUGCUGUACCUUUAACCUGUCAAGUGUUAGACCAAAUGAAUACCUAUGACACAGGGCUGUACAAACAUGCUUUGUUUUUAGGUAGAGUUCAGUCAAUAAGCUUUUUAAAGAUACAGAUUUCAAUAUUUUUGAACUGAAGCUGCCAAUAGCUGAUGUCACGUGCCGUUUUCCAAUAUAUUUAAAUUUGAAAAUGACUAUGCAAAAUAAAUCCCAGAGUCACUCCCUUUUUUAAAAAUAUUGUUUUCAUAAAUAAAUGGGGACAAAAAAUAUUAUGAAGGAAAACAAAGCUGCUCAACAUUAAACAUGCUAGUUACAUCAGAAAGUGUUUGUUCAACAUUGUUUUUAAAAUUUAAGUGGCUACUGUGCUAUUAACCAGAUAUUUAACCACUUAAUGUACAACCCAAACUUAAUGUAGUUUAAGCAGCAAAUGCUAAUGUUAAUGUUAGCAGCCUUAAAUGAGUGAGCUUGGCAGCUCAUUACAUUCCUGCCUGGGCAGAUCAAAAUCAGUACGAGAACACUGUUUAAACAUGUGUUUAGAUUACUAACAGAAUUUCAACCACAUUAAAGUCACAUGAUUUACUUUUUUCUUGUAGACUUCCUCAUGACCAUCUUUCCCCAAAAAAUGUGUAUGUUAAAGUUUCUCUUUCAGAUAAUUGUCUGCAAAUAGAGGACAGGUUGAGGGGGACGGUCACUGGUUGAAUCAUUGUCCUCUCAAGUGAUUCCAAAUGUACUUAACAUGGAUAUUAAGGUGAGGGCAUAAGAAUGAGUUGUUGAACAGGCAUGAAACAGUCAAAAUAUCACAGGCUAGAGCUGAAACUCAAUUAGAAAGAACAUUCUGUCAACUGAUGUGUGGCUUUGUCAUACGGUACACUCUAAACAUCACCAGUUUAUUUGAUUUUUUUGUGUUUGUUUAAUACUUUAUGGUAAAGCAAUAAAUACAGC